CAUCUGUAUAGUUUUUUGUUGUUGUUUAAAGCAGAUAUUUUAAUGUAUGCUUACGUAGCAUAUAUAUUAGUUUCUUGCAGCAUCUGCAAGCCAAAGAUUUGAAAAACCUUUCUGUAUACAUUGUUGAAUGAUUAUAAAUCUGUUAUACAUAAACAUCAGGAGUUGUCUUUACAGUUAAUGAUCACUUUAUUCAACCAAAGAAAAUAAAUCCACCCCACAGUCAGUUUUCUCGUGGCAAGAAUCCAAAGUGCGGCCAGUGUGACUUCAUACCAUUUUAUGGUCUUCUGAUAAAAGGCCACAGGAUUGGACCUCAGGAAAGAAACACUGUACACCGAAUGUCAUUGCAUACCUCACAUGCAUCGACACAGAACAAUCUGUCACUCGCAGAACAAACAUUCAGAAGGUCUGAUAUUUCAAAGCAAUGAAGGAUAGUAAAGAAAAGAAGAGCAAUGAGGAGAAUGAAGAGAGAGAUGGCAAGGAGUCAAAAACAAUUCUGGGGAUCUUUACGAGAGAGCAGUUCAUCAUGUUAGGUGUUGGGAUUGGUCUGAUUCUACUACUAAUCAUCAUUAUUAUACCCUCAGUUAUUCUGACCACUCGUUCAGAUGGUUCAGUCAAAAUGGAGCCAUUCCCAUCUGAUGGAGAUAUGCUUGACUUUCUUCUCCAAACUGGAAAAAUUAGAGAGAAAGAUGGUCUGUACGCAACCUGGUAUCACGCAGCCAACAAUAAAUCUGAGAUGAUCAAAGCCCUGAACAGCGAUGUUAUGAUCCUGGAGGCUGAUGUGAAUGUACAAGGUCAUAACACAGCUAAUGAAACCAAUAUUCCCAUCAUGGCUCAUCCACCGGACAUAUACAGUGACAACAAUCUGGAAGAUUGGCUGGAUGCUGUACUCAAAUCAAAGAAAGGAAUAAAACUAGAUUUUAAGAGUAUUAAUGCAGUGGAACCCUCACUGGAGCUGUUGAAAGUGAAAAACCAGACGGGAAUCAACCAGCCUGUGUGGAUAAAUGCAGAUAUUCUUCCUGGUCCCAAUGUCCCUAACUUAUGGCCAGUGAUCAAUGCUUCUGAAUUUUUUGGACUCAUUGAGGGGAUAUUUCCUGAUGUCACCAUCUCUCCAGGAUGGAAGGUUCUUUACCUCUCCAUCUUUCCAAAUGUGGCAUACACUCGCAGCAUGGUGGAGCAGAUGUACUCUACUGUCAGACACCUCCCUCAGAAGAUCACUUUUCCCGUCCAUGCUUUGAUGGCCAAGAAUGGGUGGCCACAUCUGAGCUGGCUGCUUAGCCAGUCUUCAAGGUUCAGCUUAACCCUCUGGCAAGGUAAGGAGAACCCCACUGUAAAUGAUCUUCUCUUAAUCAGAGACAACAGUAACCCUCAGCGUAUCUAUUACGACAUCUACGAGCCUGUGCUGUCGCAAUUCAAAGAAGCUGCUAAGCAGAGGAACAGGCCCAGAAGAUUCUAUCCGGGUGGAGACAUAGUUGACUAUUUCAAGCCUGUGAACGGUGAUGGGCUCAACAUUCAGUGGGAGAAAGUGAUGAACAAAGAUUCUUUGAUAUCUUUGCUCAGAGACAGCCACGGAGGUAUGCUGGUGAUUCCAGUUGUUUCCAGAACAGGCCAACCAAAUAUUCCUGUCGUUCAGGGUUCCCAACCUGAUCUGCUUCUUCAGGACUGCCUGGAUCUCAUUAUUGCCUCCAAGAAGCCAUGGGGACUCUACGUGAGGAUAAAAACCCAGAGUCAGCUCAUCCCAACACUGAUGCUUCUCCGACAAUCCUAUGACAAGGAUUUUCUGCACCACCCCACUUGGGUCAACAUGGACAUAGCCCAUGGAGCUUUCCAUAUCCAAGGUUACAUAACAGGAGAGGAGUUCUUGAGAUCCAUUGAUGAAAUCUUUCCAUAUGUGACUCUGGCUCCUGGUUGGCCUAAAGAGGUUCUUGAUCAAGGUUACACGACAGAACUGGUGAAUGACAUGGUGAAGCUCUUUCAUGGAUCUUGGCAAGAUGUUUCACUGCAGCUGCAGGCUGAGGCCCUAGACAGGUCUGUGGAUGGAUGUAGGAGCCUUAUGCGUGCUCAGUCACGAUUCUCACUUACUCUGGAGCGUCAGGCAAAUGCAAGACACCUUAAUACGGGGACUACAAGCUUAAUGUCUAUCAGAGCAGGAAACAGGCAACAGAGCUAUUACAACAUGCCGGAUAAAUACAGAGAACAUAGCAAGGCUAUCUGUUUAAAAUUCAUUAUCACAGCAUGA